AAGGGGGUUAGGGUUUUAGAGCGCUUCUGUUUUACAAUUUCUUCGACCAAACGAGAACAAGCAAGAGGAAGGAAGAAAAUCUGCGAAGAUGUUUCCAGGAAUGUUUAUGCGGAAGCCUGACAAAGCGGCGGCGCUCAAGCAGCUAAAGAGCCAUGUAGCUAUGUUCGGAGCUUGGGUGGUGGUGAUUCGGGUCACCCCCUACGUUCUCCACUACUUCUCCGAUCAAAAGGAGGAGCUCAAGCUCGAACUCUGAUUCAUCCGUUUCUUUUUUCCCGUUUAUCUCAGCUGCUAAACCGACGUGGAAGGAGCAGAGAGACACAUGAUGCUUUUCUCGUGUAUGUUUAGUUUCAGCAUCUCUUUACAUUCUGCAAAGAAAUACUCAUUAUUUCAGAAGAUGUCUUUUGAAGUACUUGUGGGAAAUGAGCCCAGACCUAGUUUGUCUGCAAAAGAUCUCGAUAUUUAUAUGAAAGGUUGCUCUUAGGUAUUA